AUGGAGUUUUUUGGAUAUACGUUAUUUGGUCCACAAAAUUAUAUAAAAGACACGUUGAAAGGUGACUAUAAGGAACCUUUAUCGAAAAAAGAGGCAGAAAAUUUAAUAAAAAAUAUGAAACUUACUUUAAAUCUCAGAGGAAAGGAUAGUCACGAUUUCGAUGUCAUUCGAGUUAUAGACUGCUAUAUAGGAAGAGUUAACGGAUUUACUUAUGGAUCAUCCCAACGAUUUACGAAAAUGAAACGUAAAGGGGUGAUAAAACCUGUGGGUCCCGCGGAAAUGUAUAGAAUUCCUCCAACAACGUCCAUUGAGCUGUCUUUCCAUCUUUUCGCGUGUUACAAUCGUUGGAGACGGAGCUUUUUUAAAGCAAAGAUGUCUAAAGUAUCUCGCGAUACACUUUAUGAAUGCGUUAACGCUGUAUUAGACGCAUCUAAAGAAAAGCAGCGUAACUUUUUGGAAACUGUCGAAAUACAAAUCGGUCUCAAGAACUAUGACCCCCAGAAGGACAAGCGUUUCUCCGGCACCGUCAAGCUCAAGUACAUUCCUAGACCAAAGAUGCAAGUGUGUGUUCUAGGAGACCAACAACAUUGUGAUGAAGCUAAGAGCUUAAGUGUACCAUGCAUGGAUGCUGAAGCUUUGAAGAAGUUAAACAAGAACAAAAAGCUAGUUAAAAAACUAGCAAAGAAGUAUGAUGCUUUCCUUGCUUCAGAAUCUUUAAUUAAACAGAUCCCUCGUCUGCUUGGUCCUGGAUUGAACAAAGCGGGUAAAUUCCCUGGUCUUCUCUCUCACCAAGAGUCUAUGACCCAAAAGAUUGAUGAAGUUAAGGCAACCAUUAAGUUCCAGAUGAAGAAGGUUCUUUGUCUGUCUGUUGCUGUGGGUCAUGUAGGCAUGACCGCUGAUGAGUUAGCUCAAAAUGUUCACUUGUCCAUCAACUUCUUAGUAUCUCUGCUCAAGAAACACUGGCAGAAUGUACGCUCACUUCAUAUGAAAUCUACCAUGGGACCACCUCAAAGAUUGUACUAG